AUGCCGACUGCGAUGCUGGCGAAACGUCUGGGAAUGUACCACGUCUACGGUCCUACUCUGGAAAUGAUGAUGCAUACAAUGGACUCCCGCGAAACGUCUGGGAAUGUACCACGUCCACGGUCCGACUCUGGAAAUAAUUAUGCAUACAAUGGACUCAGCCGAAACGUCUGGGAAUGUACCACGUCCACGGGUAUUGAUCCAUAG